GUAUCAUAUCUUUAGCAAAAAAAACUAUUUGUUUCUUUUUUUUACAGCCAACAUACGAAAUCACUCUCUCUUUCUAACAAAAAAGUUACGGAAUAGCAAAGGUAAACACUACAUAACUGCUACAUACGUGUUCGAUAAAAUACAUUAUUUUGGUGAAUUAUUGUAUGAAAACAUUAUGAAUACGCAAAGAUGCCAAUGUUGUCUCUCAGAAAAUUGUUACAAAGAUAUAAAUAAUGUAUAUUUCAGAUCGGGAAAAACCGAAAUAUACUCAAAAAUGCUACUUGAAACUUUCGAUAUAAGAGUAGCCGAUUAUGAUGGUAAAAGCCUAAUAUGUGAGGAGUGUAUUACUAAGCUGCGGGAAGCAAUUGACUUCAAGCACCAAGUGCUGCAGGCACAGGCUAUCUUCUUUCAAAGCCUGACCACCAUAAAACUUGAAUUACCGGCUGCCAUUGAUAAUCUCCAAUCAGAAUGUGAUGAAAAUCAGCCAAACAUAACACUUGAAACACAUUAUACUGAACUUGAAGAUGACCAAAAAGUUGAGAAUGAGGGUUUUGCUGACAAUAACUGGAACAGACAAUGCCAAGGACAAACACUUGUAGUCAAGGUGGAUCCUAAACAAAUUAUACAAGAUAAAGUAAACUUUAUGGACAAUGAGAAAAACGUAAUCGUUGAGUACAGUAAUACAAAUAAAACUAACAGAAGAAAGUGCAUUAAAGAGGGGAUUAAAAGCAAAACAGUCCAAAGAAAUAAAAUACCUAAAGUGAACAAAGUAAAGUCAUUGAAAACGAAACCUUCCAAUCGACAAACUAAACACAUUGACGCGCACAAACACCAGAGAGAAAACACCAUCAAACUGCUACUCAAUUCUAAUGUGUGUCUCUUUACCUCGUACAAGACUAAAUUCGGCUGUUACUUGUGCAAAGAGCGGUUUCUGGAUAUAAAAACUUUAAGGGAACAUACAAAAACGCACUCUAACGACAAGUAUAUAGUGUCGAGUGUGAAUCAUCUCAGAGGGCUUUCGUAUAAAAAUGUUGAUAUAUCAAACCUGGCCUGCAAAAUGUGUGAGCAAACUUGCCAGGACCUUACAGAGCUACAGACGCAUCUAAGCGCAUCACACGGUGUAGAGUUCAGCGGGAGUGACAACUUCCUGACGCCAUAUAAAUUGGAAAACGGCUUGCAGUGCACCAUAUGCCGACAAAAGUUUAACACAUUCCUUCGUCUGUCGAUACACAUGAACACUCAUUCAACUAACAAUGUGUGCGAAAUUUGUGGAAUGUCUUACAUCAAUCGAUCGAGUCUAAGGCUGCACGUACAGGCGUUACACCGAGAGAAAACAUGCACCCUUUGCCCCUCUAAUUUCCUCAAUAACUCUACUAAAGUGAAACACAUGAGGACGGUCCACGGGCUGGCCGAUUACAAAAGACAUUGUUCGUUGUGCGAGAAGACAUUCCGUUACUCGUACUUGUUACUGGAUCAUAACAUCAAGGAUCACGGUGCUAAACGGAGCUACAGCGAGUGUGGCGAGUGCGGGAAGAAAUUCCCGUCGGAGAACAACCUGAAGGUUCACAUCCGAAACGUGCACGUGAAGGAACGCAACUUCCCGUGCUCGGCGUGCGACAUGCGGUUCUUCACGAAGUUCGACAAGCAGCGCCACGAGCGCACGCACGAGGACGCGCGCUCCUUCCCGUGCGCGCACUGCGACACGCGCUUCAAGACCAAGGACUCCUGGCGCCGGCACACCAAGCGCCAGCACGACGCGCGACCCACCACCUGAACCGCGUUACAAAAUGUACUGUGUGCCAACUGCGGAGCAUGCCAUAGGACAUGUCAAACGAGUAAAAAGGAACCUUCGUGAAUGGUGUAAUUUUUGUCAAAUAUAUAAUGUCGAAGAAGUGUUA